CAAAUGCAAUGUACGAAUUGCUAUGAGGUCGUCCCUUUUGAAUCCAACCGUUUGGUGUUUUGGUUGAAUUAUGGGUUGUUUUCUUUUUCUCACAUGGAGUUGUGCCAGUUGGGUAGUCUUGAUUUUAGCCACUGAUGACGCUAGUUUUGUACACAGGUGUCUGGUUGUAUCACCCUAAAAAACUUAGCCAUGUUAUUUCCUGUAGUGCCCAGCCAAGGUUUCUGUUUGCUGUCACAAGGUGGUUGUUUCUAUCAUUAGAGCAGUGAUGACUGUUUUCGAAGCUCCACUACAUCGCUUUACUCACUGUAAACACUGGAUUAUGUGAAACAAGUAGCUUGUGUAUUUUCUUUAAUAAACUGCCAUUACUUGUUUCAUGAAAAUAAGUAUAACAGUUUAAUUAAUCCCCUUUCUCUCUCUUUCAUUUUUGGUGCUCCUUUUUCUUUAAACCUGCCUCCCUUGUGUACAGUCAAACAAAUGAUAUCACCUCUAACUUGAUGCUUUUUGUCCACCUGACUUGGUGCUGGAUGGCUACUGAGUUUAUUAAUUUGGUUUUGUAUGUUUUUUCUGUGUGAUUAUGUGUGCAUAUCAGAUGACUAGACUGGCCCAGCUGUUACACUACACUAGCCUGAGUCAGGCAUUGUUUUCCAAGCCACUAUCCCCGAUCGGGCCAACGCAGCCUUCAAGGGGGAAUGUGACCCGGAGAAUAGCCUGCUGAGCCUUCCAAGAUGGACACCUUGUCUCUUUUUAUUUAUUUAAUUUUUUAUUUUGGUUUGUUUCCUUUCAUACUUUCCCAUGUUGUCCACUCUCUACUGUCUCUAUCUAGAAACUAUAGUACUGCUUAUCUCUAGCUUUGUGUUUAUAUUUGUUAUUUUGGUUUGUUGUUUUGAUUAUUGUCCAACCCCCACCCCCCUCUCUCUUCCUGCUACAGCUGCAGCUUGUGUGUGAUUGAAUUCUGUCCAGGUUGCUACGGCAUACCGGCGGGAUGUGUAUCACACAUGGGAUGCUAGGAGGAUCACUAACACUUUACUCUCUUGUCGCCUACACCUGUUCACAUAGUGAGGAGCUAGACAUUAUGAAUGUGAGAACUAGUAGAAUAUUUUAAAUUCUAUUUACACUCACAUUACAGCUCUGCUAUGGAUGUUUAAUACAUUAUAAUAGCACAAAGUCACUCCAUUCAACAUCAUCUUUUCUUUUCAACAUGUGAGACAUGAUUUAAAGCUUUGCGUCGCUAUUUGUUUUAUAUAUUUCCAGCGCUAGAAGAACAUUUCCUGUGGUAAUCAUGCUCAGGGCUUCCAGCUACAAUGAACUGAAUUUGUAUAUGUUGUUUCUUAGUGGUCUUAACGUAGCUCUCUUCUCCAGCUAUAAAAGCAGCAACCCUUAGUGGAAGUGGAAUCAGAACAAAUAAAUCCUAAUUGGUUGUUUUUAGUCUUGGCUAACAUUUCCUACAGUUCUUAAAAUUGUUGUUCUUCUCUGUAUCUGAUGUCCUGUGUGCUAUUAGUGAUGCAGCCAUUGGGGUUGUCUUGUGUUGCACACCUUUCCAACACUGCGAAACGAUCGCCCCCACGGAAAAGCGCCCAUGCUUGAUAUCGUAUGGUUCAUGACCAAUAUGUUUCCAGUACAGGGAAAAUCCCAGAAGAGGCCAAAGCCUUGUCUCUUUUGGCGCCUACCGCUCCAACACCUAGUCUGAUUCCUGGUGGGGGGCUGCUACCAAUUCCUACUCCCGCUCCCCUUCAGAAUCUGAACGUCCCUGCAGUGAGUCGGCUGUCAGCUGCUCUGGACCCCACAGCAUCAUCGCUCACCCAGGCCCCACUCAUGGGAAAUGUGGACCCCUCAAAAGUGGAUGAGAUCAGGAGGACCGUCUAUGUUGGCAACUUGAACUCACAGACGACCAAUGCAGACCAGCUGCUGGAGUUCUUCAAGCAGGUGGGCGAAGUGAAGUUUGUGCGAAUGGCUGGAGAUGAGACCCAGCCGACACGCUUCGCCUUCGUAGAGUUUGUUGGCCAGGAGUCCGUCAACAGAGCCCUGACCUUCAAUGGAGUCAUGUUCGGAGACAGACCGCUGAAGGUGAAUCAUUCCAAUAACGCCAUAGUCAAACCCCCAGAGAUGACGCCACAGGCUGCAGCUAAGGAGCUAGAAAGUGUGAUGAAGAGGGUGAGGGAAGCACAGUGCACCAUUGCUGCUGCCAUAGAUCCAGCUGACUUAAAGAAAUGCUCCCCCAGUCGCUCUCGGAGAUUAUGUCGCUCCCGCUCACGGUCAAGAUCCCGCUCUCGCUCAAAAAUGCACAGGAAAAGAUCCCGCUCGAAACAAAGCAGACCAGCGCCAAAGUUGUGUCCCAAGAAUGACUCCCACAAUUCCCGGAGCGGCCACAGGAGGAGCUCUCUCUCCCGAGACAAGAAACAUAGUCGCAGUCGCUCUAGGGGCCAUAGGAGGAAGAGUAAGGAUCGCUCAAGGAGCCCCCGGAGGAAAGCAAGGUCACCCUCCCCAAAAAGCUUUUUCAGAGGAAGGAAAGACAAGAGGAGGGAGCGCAGCAGGGACAGGAAGGAGCGCUCAACAUCCAGGAAGAGGAGCCGCAAGGACGAGGAGAGGAUGAAGAUCAAGGCCAAGCCAAUGAAGGUGGAAAGGGACUACGACAGGGAAGAGAAGGACGAAUAUGAAAGUGACAGAGAGGACAUGCUCAGUGAGGACAUGAUGUCAUCACCCUGCGCCCAGCAGAACGGCAGCUACAAGACUCACAAUGAAUAUGCAUCAAUGGGUGCGGACAACAACAAGGAACUAUUCCAUCGCCAUGGAAACUAACCAUAUUUUUCGUCAAAUUAUGGCAGCACCCAUCACAUGAGUAUAACCUCAUAAACAGCAGAUAACCACUAACAACAGCAUGUUUGUCACAUCAUCAUCAUCAUCAUCAUCAUUAUCAUCACAACCUGAUUUCUACAGCACAUCGUUGCAUGGACGCUGUUAUUCAUUAUCAAUAUCCCACUUUAAGGGCACUCGUAAGAUUUUGGGACUUGCAGCAGGUACACUUGAUACAAUGUACAAAAUCAGUUCAACACUAAAUAAUACAAGCUUAGGAACACCGCAACAAUAACUGGACUUUAGACAUAUUGGAUUGCAUAACCCAAUAUAAAACAACAAAUGUUGCUGUCUAUUCCUCCAAUAAACAUCUCAACCACA